AUGUCAGACGUUACCACCGCCAUCACAACGGCCUGCGCCUAUAAGGCUCGGGACGGGGAUAAUAUAGCAAGUACAUCCGGAUCCGACAUCCGGCCUGACGUUGAACCCCGAAGACGACGACACUCCUUCUUCAUUCCCAGGAGACGAUCCAUUGUUGGCCAUAUCAUGGAUGGCGAAGAGGGUCUUCUUCUCAAAGUCGACCUUUUCCUCUCUGAACUCGAGCGUCGGCUCGAUUUUAUUGAGAAUUAUGUCGACUUGAGUAAGGACUCCAGCAUCUCUCGUACCUUCUCUACACUCCAGGCUGUUCGUUCGAGAUGUUCCCACGCUUCAGAGGAAGUUCUUGGUGCAGGACGACGCCGUUUACACAUUAUGGUUGAUACUCUAGAGGCGAGAUACAAGGAGACCUUAGAGGCCGCCGAGUCGCUGAAUGAGAAGGCUCACGUUGGAGUCGAUUUGCUCGAAAACAUGCUCUCUGAUUUUGAAGCUAGAGCCUACAAAUUGCGUGAGCAGGGCUUUGCAAACGCCGCCAAUGCUGCCGAGGCUUUCAUGGAUGAGGGGCGCCGGGUUGCCAACGAAGGAAUCGAGCGUGCCAUUCAAGCCGCCCUUUCGCUGGAGGAGCACAUUCAACAAGCUAUCGUUCUGGCCAAGGAAGGGCGCCUCCUCUCCUACGAUGACCUCCCCUCACCUUGGCGAAACAACCCUCACAUCCACAAGGGUUACCGUUUCACUGAAUCCAAACUCGAAUGCGUACGCUCAGCCUUUAAUCUUUCCAAUGAGCUAGUCAACAUCUGGUCCCAUGCACUGGGUCUCAUUUUGGUCCUCGCGAUCGCGUUAUAUUUCUACCCAAAUACUGCCAACUUUACACUCAGUACGAAGUCCGAUGUAUUCGUCGCGGGCGUCUUUUUUGUUAUGGCUUGCCUCACUUUGGUUUGCUCAACGGUUUGGCACACUAUGAAUGCUGUUGCAGAUGUCGAUGCCAUUUCAAUAUUUGCCUGCGUGGACUAUACCGGCAUUUCUCUGUUGAUUGCUGCCUCAAUCAUGACGACUGAAUAUACAGCCUUCUACUGCGACCCUGUAAGCCGAUACAUCUAUAUGGGUUUAACAGCUUUCCUCGGAAUCGGAGGCGUCAUUCUUCCGUGGCAUCCUCGCUUUAAUGGUGCUGAUAUGGCAUGGGCGCGAGUCGCUUUUUUUGUUGGCCUUGCCUUGACUGGGUUUAUGCCUAUGGUUCAGCUUGGGUGGACUCACGGGCUCGACUUUGUGUACAAUUUCUACUCACCAAUUUCCAAGUCGAUGCUCGUGUACUUUACGGGCGCCGUUGUUUACGCCAGUAAGAUCCCCGAAAGGUGGUUUCCUGGCUGCUUUGACUAUGUUGGUGGAAGCCAUAACCUCUGGCAUGCCGCAGUUCUCGGAGGCAUCCUCUUCCACUACUCGGCCAUGCAGACCUUCUUUGCCAACGCCUUCCACCGAGCAGAAGCUGGCUGCCCUUCAUAUUAG